CGUUUCCGCUCCGGGCAUCCUUCCCGAAGACGGUUCUAUUGCUCGGCGAUUCCCUCUGAGUGCCCUGCCUUCCCAAGUCAUGAAAUGCAUGAUGGAGGAUCUCCCAGAGCCACUGCUUGGAGAGGUCGUCAAGAGGAUUACCAGGGCAAGUGAUCGUAAAUCUCUUUCCCUCGUGUCGAAGCAGCUCUACACUCUUGAAGCUGAGCAUAGGGAUGCUAUCCGCGUUGGCUGUGGACUUGGCCCUGCAACACAAGCUUUGAAAUCACUCUUCUCCCGAUUCCCAAAUCUGUGCAAGGUGGAGAUCAAUUACUCUGGUUGGACGUCCAGCCAUGGGGAGCAGUUGAACAAACAGGGGCUCUGUGUGUUAUCUUCUCACUGUCCCCUCCUGUCUGAUCUCAACUUAAGCUUUUGCUCAAACAUUGACGACUCUGGUCUAGCUUAUCUAUCUUGUUGCAUGAAGCUGAGGUCCUUCAGGCUUAUCAGCGCACCCGCAAUAAGUUGGCGUGGCCUUUCUUUGGUGGUUGUUGGUUGCAAACUUCUUUCUGUUCUCCACCUUGUCGACUGUAUGGCAAUAUCCAUCGAGGAGUGGCUAGUGUACCUUGGUACAUAUGGAUCAUUGGAAGAACUAGUGGUGAAGGAUUGCAAAGAAAUCAGCCAGUAUGACCUCCUAAAGUUUGGUCCAGGAUGGGCAAAACUCCAAAAGUUCGAGUUCGAAAUUAAUGGAUAUUACUGGGCGACUGCGCCCCGUGAUCCGUCCUACGUGGCUGGCUACCCAUAUAGCUAUGACAUCUGCUGUGAGAAUUUGAAGGAUCUUAGGCUGGCUCAUAUUGUAACUGAUAAAGAAAUUGGUCUUCGUUCCCUCCUGGGGAAGUGCAAAGCAUUGGAGACACUUUGCCUGGAGUAUGUUUUUGGCCUAGAUGAGAAUGAGAUGAUUGCGCUAUUCCAGAGCUGCAGCAACCUUAAAAUCAUCUUACUUCGGCUGAUGCCAUUGCGUUUUUAUUCUGAGCAUAAACGUGAAUAUAGGACAGCACUGACUGAUGACAGCCUUAAGGCUCUAGCUCUCAGCUGCCCUAUGCUUCAGGUUGUUGAGUUCACCUUCACAUAUUGCUUUCCCGAUUACCCAACUCAAAUAGGCUUCACACAAAAUGGCAUUGUGACCCUCAUCCAAUCUUGUCAAAUCCGCGCCCUUUUGCUAAAUGGUGCAAACAUUUUCUAUGACUAUGGGAUGAAGGGUCUUUCAACCUCUAAGUCUCUGGAGACACUUGAGCUUGUGGAUUGCAAUUCUAUUACUGAUGCUGGGAUGGAUUUCAUUAUUCAGGCUCCUUGCUUGAGUAAUCUCACACUCCGCAAAUGCGCACGUGUGACAGACAAGGGAAUGGCUAUGCUGGCACGUUCCGGCAAGCUGGAGUCGUUGACCGUCAUAGGGUGCUGGCAGAUAUCUCAGAUGGGCGUACUCGGUGCUGCCAAAUCAGUUCAAUACUCUGCAAAGGUUGAAAGCCAUGACAGUCUGAAGGGAAUGAAGACGCAACUAAGUGAUAUUGAUGUUUUCUAGUGACCAACUUCAAUGGCCCAGAGAUCUUACUUUUCAGCACCCCAGGAAUUCGUUUGAACUGAAGUAGUAGUGUAUCAACUUUUAUCCCUUCCUAGCUUGUUGCCUAUAGCUUCCUGCAAUGUAUUGUUUGUGUUGCGGAUUCUGAUUCACCGUUCACCAUGUAAACAGUGGGGUCAUAGUGAUGAUGAUUGGGCCAAGGAAAUAUGAC